GAGCCGGCCUGCAGGAGGCGAGGCUCUCCUGGCCUCCCUAACUAACCAGUUGACCGAGCCCCGGGAGGAAAGUUGCCGCAGCCGCCGGGGCCGCUGGCCCUUCUGUCCCCUGGCCAGGUACACAGUUUCUCCUAGCAUGACUGCGAUCUGAUCAGCAACCACGAGAAUUGGACUCCUGUGUCUGGCGCCGUAGUGCUGGGGCCUGGUCACCGCCCACAACUACAGAGCUGCCAUGGCUGCUGCCUCUACUUCCACCCCUGUAAUUUCUCAGCCCCAGUUCACAGCCAUGAAUGAACCACAGUGCUUCUACAAUGAAUCCAUUGCCUUCUUUUAUAACCGGAGUGGAAAGUAUCUUGCCACAGAAUGGAACACAGUCAGCAAGCUGGUGAUGGGACUUGGAAUCACCGUCUGUAUCUUCAUCAUGUUGGCCAACCUACUGGUCAUGGUGGCAAUCUAUGUCAACCGCCGCUUCCAUUUUCCUAUUUAUUACUUAAUGGCUAAUCUGGCUGCUGCGGACUUCUUUGCGGGGUUGGCCUACUUCUACCUAAUGUUCAACACGGGACCUAACACUCGGAGACUGACGGUCAGCACGUGGCUCCUCCGUCAGGGCCUCAUUGACACUAGCCUGACUGCAUCUGUGGCCAACUUACUGGCUAUUGCAAUCGAGAGGCACAUCACGGUUUUCCGCAUGCAGCUCCACACGCGGAUGAGCAACCGGCGGGUGGUGGUGGUGAUUGUGGUCAUUUGGACGAUGGCCAUUGUCAUGGGUGCUAUACCCAGCGUGGGCUGGAACUGCAUCUGUGAUAUUGAAAAUUGUUCCAACAUGGCACCCCUCUACAGUGACUCGUACUUAGUUUUCUGGGCCAUUUUCAACUUGGUGACCUUUGUUGUAAUGGUGGUUCUCUAUGCUCAUAUCUUUGGCUAUGUUCGCCAGAGGACUAUGAGAAUGUCUCGGCAUAGUUCCGGACCCCGGCGGAAUCGGGAUACCAUGAUGAGUCUUCUGAAGACUGUGGUCAUUGUGCUUGGUGCCUUUAUUAUCUGCUGGACUCCUGGAUUGGUCUUGUUACUUCUCGAUGUGUGCUGUCCACAGUGUGAUGUUUUGGCCUAUGAGAAAUUUUUCCUUCUGCUUGCCGAGUUCAACUCUGCCAUGAACCCCAUCAUCUACUCCUACCGUGACAAGGAGAUGAGUGCCACCUUCAGACAGAUCCUCUGCUGCCAGCGCAGUGAGAACACCAGCGGCCCCACGGAAGGCUCAGACCGGUCAGCUUCCUCCCUCAACCACACCAUCUUGGCUGGAGUUCACAGCAAUGACCACUCUGUGGUUUAGAAAGGAAACUAAGAUGAGAAGCGAGCCAUCAUCGACUGAGGGAUGAACAGCCUCCCCCUACCCAAUACAAGGUGGAGUGCGAGAGAGAGAGGAAAAAUAAACUCACGUACUUAAACACUAACCAGUGGCAGUAUUUGUUCCUAGACCCAACAAGACUUGAUAUAUAUUGAAAAUUAGCUUAUGUGACAACCCUCAUCCUGAUCCCCAUUCCUUUUGAAAGUAGAAAGUGGAGAUCUUGCAAUGGAAUUCAUAAAUAGACUCUGGAUUGUCCAUGUGGACUACACUAACUAGACUUCAAAAGGUUUUGUGUGGUUUGGUGUAAGUCGGUAUAAAUUCUGACUAAUUGAACCCACAACUUCAUUUACAUACAGGCUGCCCCUUUUUAUUUUUAAAGGAUACAUUUCAUUUAAUAAACACGUUUAUGCCUAUCAGCAUGCUUGUGAUGGAUAAGACUAAGACUGUUUUUACACUACCAUAACUCCAUUUUUUUCCUUAUGUAGGAAAACUGUAAAUUAGAAUUCUUUUUUUAGGAAGCAUGCAUAUAAUGUAUGUAUGCAGUAUGCCUUAGUUAAAAAGAUAAAAGGGUGUUAAUUUUAAAUCUUCUAGGAAAUAGAAGAACCUAGAUGUCGAAGCCAGUAUUUGUUUAGGUUAUGAAACAAACAAUGCUCUAAUCACAAUAUUACCUUUUUAUAAAGUGUUGUAACACAUAUAAAACAAAGAGGGCAUGUAAGUUUAUUACCAAAAGUAUAUGUACUCUAAAAAAGUCAUAGAAGAUGAAGUACAGUAAUAUUGCUCCCACAUAUUUAUGAUACCCGGUACUUUCUAAUUGUCAGUACAUCAGAGGAAUUUUUUAAUAGCCUGUGUUUUUCUGUAUUAUAAAAUAAUACAUAGACAUUGUAGAAAACUUUAAAAAUGCAGAAAUGUAUAAAACAGAAAAUAAUUACUGAUAGUAUCACAACUCGGAAGUAACCACCGUUAACAGCUUUUCCCCCGUGUAUGCCUAUAUGUGUAUAUUAUAUACCUUUUUAUAUAAUUGGGAUCAUACUGUAAGCAAUUUUAUAACCAGUUCUUUUUUCCACUGCAGAAUUGCCACAUUUUCCUGUGGCAUUAAAAAUUUUACAAAAACAUAAUUUUAAUGGCUAUAUCAUAUUCCAUUUAAUGGACGCAACUUGGUUUAUUUAACCAUUCCUGUAUCAUUGACUACUUACAUUAUUUCUAAUUUUCACUAUUAUAAAUAAUAAUGCGAAAAUUUUGUGUACAUAAAACUUUGUCCAUAUAAUUAUUUACUUAGGACAUAUUCCCAUGAAGGAUUUUUUUAAAAAUGUGAAAUGUCUUUUUAUGCUCUUACCUUUUAUAAAAAGGGAUUUCCUGCUUUGCACCGCAUGGGUGACACUUGUGAGGAAAGCCAGUUAAAUUACCGUUUUACAAAGGAAAUGCAGUGGUUUCUUUAGAGUGACUUUUUUAAUAUAACAAGAUGGCCUAGAAACAGUCAACUGUCAUAAAUAACAAGGACACCCUAGUUAAUAUGUCUGGAAAUUCCAAAUUUUGUUUGAGAGACUGAUUAUCCAGCUCUUGGUAGCCAUGACUGUCGUGUAGAAUUGGAGAAAAUGCAAAGAAAUCAAACAUGCCGAGUGAAUAAAGGAUCUUCAUGUUAAACAGCUUGGACCCUUCUGUAGCAAAUGGGUAGAGUGUGUUGGUAUGUGACUGGAUACCAUGCAUUAUCUACGUAAGCUAGUAUUUGCACCAGUUUGUUAUAAUAAGAAACCAGUCAAGUCACAGUCAUGAAGCAAGUAUGGGAAAGUCAGGAGUAUGGUUAAGAGAAAGAUGUCUGGGAGAAAAAUGGUUGUGUAGGAAGGAGGAAUUCAGUGCAUGGUCACCAUUGGAGCAGAGGGCAGACUUAUCAAGUGCCCAAAGUGUAAAGAAGGUGGAGAACCAGUUAGCAGAAAGGUGUUCGCACAUACUUUAUACAAAAUACAGAGCAUUUUAUGUUGGAAGUGAAAGCGAUGAACUUGGACUUUUACUCAUGUGCAUAUAUUCUGAAGGAGAUAUGGACUAUUUGAAAUUAAAAACAUACUAAUUGGAUCUUAAUAAAUCAUUCUCAAUUCGUGUUUUGAUAAUGUGUGGUUCUGGUCAGUGCUGUUUCUCUUGUUGGAGAGUCUUCCGGCUUGCAUUGCGUGAUGUCUGUCUGCUGUGACCUCCUUUAUUUCACUGCCACAAGGGCUAGUGAGCUGGGUUGAAGCCACCAUAUGCUUCCCCAGCUCAGAACUACUUUCUCGAACCUAAGUAAUAAGUCUUUCCAGUGUCCAAGAGAUGGUAGUUAUUGUUGUAUGAAAGGAGAGAUAACAUCUUAGGGCAAUACUUUACUUCAGCAGUGUAACCGUUAGAGUGAGUAUCUUUUGGAAAAAUUUUGAUUUUAUAAAAACUUUAUGAUGACUAUGAAAAACUCUCACUAGGAGUUUAUAAAGUCAUAGUGGUCUUUCUGCUUAUAGACUUAAUAACUAACAAGAUAAGAAUGAUAGGUAUCUUCCAGUUAUAUGCUAAUUAUAUUCUUUUCAAUAUAUUGCUAAGAUAUUGGAAAAAGAUAAAAGGUUUAUUCAAAUGAAUGUCUCAAUGAGUAUUCGGAAGAGAAUUCUGAACUUUUACAUUUAGGUGGAUGGGAGAUGGUUAGAAAUCAGAUGUCUUAGAACCCUUCUUCACAAAUUAGCCACCUCUCACCUAUUAUCCUUUUUCAUUAGUGAAACCAUAAUUUCCUAGACCGAAAACCUCAGCUAACAUUAUAUAAUUAGUGAGACUUAUCGGUUUUCCCAUUCUCUUUCCCAAUUAACUAUUGCUUUAGGUUCCACUGUUCAUCUUUCUAAUUUAUUCCAUUAGUCUCUCAACUUCUGAAAUGUAGUUUUGUGAUAUUGUUUCUAGCCCUCCUUAAACCCAGAGUGUGGCUCUUGCUAGAUAAAAGCUGUAGAAAUACUAAUUUAUCAGGUCCCUUCAUUGUACCAAGGUCAGCAGAACAUUUUUAUGUCAAGACCUUUUGAAACAAAUUGCUUAUUUUUUAACACCAAGUGAGCUUCACCUGAUUCCAAACCCUUGGAAGAAUUGGGGUUUGUUUGUGUUGCGGUGGGCUAGGAUUUAGGUACCAUCUAACAGAAGAAAUGUGUGUAAUUAGAGACUAGAAUGGGUCAUCAGUCUUCCAAAGCAGGGACCAUUCAUUCUGUAACAUUCACCUGUACCUUGUAUAGUCUACAUAAAAAAUUCUCUAAUUCUUAAAUUUAUAAUGCUUACAUUCACCAAUUAUUUACUAAUAAUUUGUUUAAUGAUGUGGCACGUGAAGGCCAUUUUAAAAUCUAAAGCAGAGGUUGGCAGACUAAGACUCAUUGGCCAAAUCCACCUGUUUGUGUAUGACCUAUGACCUAAGGAUGGGUUUUACAUUUUUAAAUGAUUGGGAAAAAAAGAAAUAUUUUGUGACACAUGAAAAUUAUAUGAAAUUUAAAUUUCAGUGUCCAUAAGUAAAGUUUUCUUGGAACAUAGUCACACUCACUAGGUUAUGUAUUGUUUAUGGCUGUUUUUGUACGACAACAGAAUUGAAUAGUGGCAAUAGCCUGUCCCUCAAGUCUAAAAUAUUUACUAUCAGACCCUUUACAGAAAAAGUGUGCCAACCCCUGAUUUAGAGAAAAUUCCAUUUUCAAUCUUGCUAUCCUCAUUUGACUAUUUGUUCACUGGAAACGGAAGGAGAAAUUGGGCACAGCAUGAUCUCUUGAGCUCUAGAGUGCAGAGAAAAUUAUCAAUUGCAUUUUUAUAAUAAACUUUUAUUUUGAAACCAUUUCAAACUUAGAGAAAAGUUUGCAAAUUUACAGAACAUUUUACCGGAACGAUUUGUAAGUUGCCAAAGGAUGCCCCAUCAUCCUUGAAUACUAUGUAAUGACCAGGACAUUCCCUUUUAUAACCUCAAUACAACCAUUAAAGUCAGGAAAUUAAUGCUGAUACAUAAACUACUAUUUAAUUCACAGACCCAAUUCAAGUUUAACCAAUUUUUCCAAUAACAUUUCUCAUAGUGAAAGAAUCCAGUCUAGGAUCACUGGUUGUCUUUAGUUGUCGUCUCUCUCGAGUCGUCUUCCAUCUUGAACGGUCUCUCAAUCUUUUGUUGACCUUCAGGACCUUAUCAUUUAAAGAUCACAGGUCAGUCAUUUUAUAGAAUGUCCCUCAGUUUGGGUUUGUCUGAUAUUUCUUCAUAAUUAGAUUCCCGUUAUGUAACUUUGACAAAAUAACGCAGAAGUGCUGCUGUGGUCCUUCUCACUGUGUCCUAUCAAGGAGCACAUGACGCUGUUUUGUUCUAUCACUGGUGAUGUUGACUUUGAUUUCUUGAUUGAGGUGAUGUCUGCCAAGUUUCUCCACUGUGAAAAAAAAACCUACUUUUUUUUUUUCCUUUGUAGUAAGCAUUUUGUUGGAAACAUUCUGUUCCUCAUCAAAUUUUAACAUCUAGUCUUAGCAUCCAUUAGUAUUUCUUGGAUGAAUUAAUCAUUACUCUGAUGGUUGCCUAAUGAUGAAUUUCUAAUUCUCUUUUCUCUUCAAAAUUUAUUAGUUCUCUACUGUGAGAAAAAACU